CGGGAAUAGGGAGAGGACCGGAACUGGACUACGAACGCCACAGGGCCGAGCGGCAGAGGCAGCCAGGAACAGCGCAAAGUUUGUAGCUGCUGGUUGCGGAGACAGCGGAGACUCCGGGUUUGCACCAGGUGCGGAGACCCUGGAUCCGGCUGUCCGCUCCGCUCUCUGGCUGCUCCGGAGUUACUCCAGCUCUAUCCAGAGGAUGAUCGUGGCUCCGGCCGCCGAGAGGAACAAGGAGCCGAUCCUGAAUGUGAUCCGGCAACAGCUGAGCCCCAGCGCCCCGGCAGUGGCCCUGGAGUUAGCCUCAGGAUCCGGGCAGCAUUCGGUCUAUUUCGCCCAGGCUCUGCCCAAUGUGUUGUGGCAGCCCUCCGAGCUGGAGCCGCGGGCACUGGAGAGCAUUUCAGCAUAUAUUGCAGCAACAAGAGUGGAAAAUGUAAAGCAGCCACUUAACAUUGACUGUUCACAGAGCUGGGAAGCUUGGGGAGGAUUGAAGCCAAACUCCUUUGAUCUUAUUGUAAAUGUUAACAUGAUCCACAUCACAGAGAUAAAGUGCACUGAGGGUCUGUUCAAGGGUGCUGGUCAGUUAUUAAAACCAAAGGCCUUACUCAUCACUUACGGGCCCUACGCAAUGAAUGGCGUGAUUACUCCGCAAAGCAACAUAGAUUUUGAUUUGAGCUUAAGGCAAAGAAAUCCAGGCUGGGGUCUAAGAGAUAUAAGCGUGUUACAGAAACUGGCUGAAGAAAGCGGGAUGAGAUUCAAGCAGAUGGUUGACAUGCCAGCUAAUAACAAAUGCCUGAUCUUCCAGAAAAGGUCGAGUGUAUAGCAGAGUCUGUACAAUUCCAUGGCUGAACACAGGGAGGAACUGUGAUGUUUAACUCCGAAUUGUUGUAACAAUCUGUAAUGAUGCAGAAGUGCUGUUAAACCUCUUUUAACUAGUUCUCUCUCGACUAAACCAAAGAGAUGACUGACAUUAAGAUUAACUGGUCAGAAUCUUUUUAAAUGAUUGACUAAAACCUUUGCUUUAUGCUUUGGAACUACACUGAUCCAGUAGAAUUAAUUAUUUUCAGUGGACUUGAAUUAAAUUGUCUUACCAACUGAAGAAGAGUUUUUGUGUUUGAGAAGCACUUUUAAUGUGGAACGUUCCUUUCCCCCAUUGCUACUAAUUUCUUCUCAAGAGGCUGCAUGUCCACUUUUUCCUUGGGAAUUUCUGGCCUGUUUCUAUGUUUGAAGCUGUAAAUUGAGACCUAGGUCUUGACUGGGUCUAAAGAGUUUUCCGGUUGCUAUUUGACACAAGUAACUUUUUAAAAGAGGAAUUCCUAUCACUUCAAAUAGCAUAUGUUUAUUGUUAACUUGGAACACGCUUUGUGUGUGGGUUUUAUGGCUGUUAUUUUCUAUGUAUUUGAUGUGGCAUGUAUUUAUACAGUUUGACAGAAAAUUAAUCCAGAUUUGUACAUGUUGAUGUAAAUCCUGAAGGAAAACUAACCAUCUUUCAUUUAACUGAGUGCCUUUGAUCGGUGUUGUUCUGUGAUCAAGUUUAUGAUAGAUGUAAAACACACUUAAACGAGAAUCAUUACUUGCAACAACCUGUUGCUCACAGAUCUGUAGCUGCACAGCUGACAGGUGACCAGCAGACAGGUGCAGCUCACAGAUGGCGCCUGAGUGAAUCAGCAGUACUUUGUACUGGUCUGUUAAGUGGCUAACUAGUGGAUAAAUACAGCAAUUUAACACCCUUGUGUGGAUUUCAUGCUGAGUCUAUCGGUGAGGCACUGUUAUAUUGUAGCCUGAGAAGGAGCAGGGUCAUUUGGACAUCUGUUGCAGAAUUUCUGUGUUUAACUGGGCAUACGUGUACUUAAGAAGUUGCUGUCUGAUUUACUCAUGAGUGCUUGCCAUUGUUCUUGCUGGAAAACUCGGGCAAUUAUAUCUGGCCCUGAGAACUUGGGGUCGAUUUUCAUAUCGGAGGCCUGCCAUUGUGAUUCAGUCUCUGUCUCUGGCAGGUGGUAUCUUCCAAGGGUCCAGCCUUAAGUGGCCUGGAGGCAGUUGGGACGUCUCCAGAGGGGGAAAGUUAAAAGGCCCACGUAUGCUCCCAAGAAUACUUAGUGUGGUGCUCCCAAUGCAGUCAGUACUCAACUAUAUACAGUUGAGCCUGCUGAAUACCUACCCGCAUUCUAUCCCCUUACUGUUUUCACCCCAGCGCCCUCGCACUCACCUCCCUCACCCACUGUCCUAUUCAUGAACAGAACUCUGAUGCCCUAUUAGAGGGAAGCCGUUGAAUGGUCUGUGAUUAAGCAAACAGACUCAUCAAUGUGAAGCACUUGUAAAAUGAUUGGACAGUUAGAUUGCAGCCAAGAGUCCAUAAAACUCCCUGAGUAAACAAAUAGACUUCAGAACUCCUAUCUCAAUGGAUAUCUAGACUGAAUACAAAAAAGCAAUGGGAAAAGAUUAAACAUUAAACCCUUUCAAUAGUG